AUGCCUUUGGCGAAUUCUUCCGAUCCUUGGCGAAUGCAAAAUGUUGGAGAUAACAUGCGUGGUGUCAAUAAUCAGCCAAACAGUCUUCCAAUGGUUGUUGAAAAUUUAGCCGAAUCACGUCAGGCAUCUACAACUGAAAGUCUUGACUCAACAGGAGAGAUAAGUUAUGAACGUGAAGUAGAGUUGCAAGAUGUUAUUAAGGAAGGCCAUGAGAAAGCAGAUCCUUCACAGUUUGAAUUGCUCAAAGUACUUGGUGAAGGUUCCUUUGGUAAAGUAUUUUUAGUGAGAAAAGUAAGCGGUGCUGAUACGGGAACACUCUAUGCUAUGAAGGUGCUUAAAAAGGCCACAUUAAAAGUCAGAGAUAGGGAGCGUACAAAAAUGGAGAGGAACAUUUUAGUUGAAAUGGGCCAUCCAUUUAUUGUUAAAUUACACUACGCCUUUCAGACUGCAGGAAAAUUAUAUUUAAUACUCGACUUCCUAAGGGGCGGUGACCUAUUUUCACGCCUCAGUAAAGAGGUAAUGUUUACAGAAGAAGACGUUAAAUUUUAUCUAGCCGAACUUGCAUUGGCAUUAGAGCAUGUUCAUAAAUUGGGAAUAAUAUACAGGGAUCUUAAACCUGAAAAUAUAUUGCUAGAUGCUGACGGCCAUAUAGCUCUUACCGAUUUUGGUUUAUCGAAACUUCCGCCUAGUAGUGACAAAGCAUACAGUUUCUGUGGAACUGUUGAAUAUAUGGCCCCGGAAGUUGUCAAUAGAAGGGGUCAUACAUUUGCUGCAGAUUGGUGGUCUUUUGGUGUUCUUAUGUUCGAAAUGCUAACGGGAAACUUGCCGUUUCACGGUUCCACCAGACACGAAACAAUGACGCAAAUCCUAAAGGCCAAACUCGGUAUGCCUUCAAAUUUGAGCGAAGAAGCACAGUCGUUGCUCCGUGCUUUGUUCAAACGUAAUCCGCAGAACAGGUUGGGUGCCGGUCCGAACGGCAUUGAAGACAUAAAGAAACACGAGUUUUUCGCGAGCAUCGACUGGGAUGCUCUACUAAAGAAAGAGGUGGUACCCCCCUUCCGGCCGGCCGUUUCUAGGGCGGACGACGCGUUCUACUUCGACUCGGAGUUCACCUGCCGUACGCCGCGCGACUCGCCCGGCGUUCCCGCCUCCGCGAACGCACACGAGCUGUUCAGGGGCUUCAGCUUCGUCGCCCCGUGCCUCCUCAACGACGACAACAAUAAGACCCUCACCAACCAGAACCAGCCGCCGCAGACCAAGACCUCCACCGAGGAGUUUUGGGCGGGCUUCGUCAACAGGAACAACUUCUUCGACGAGUACAGAUUAAUGGGCGAACUCGGUACCGGUUCCUUCUCAGUCGUUCGCCUCUGCGAGCACAAAACGUCUAGAGUGCAAUAUGCAGUGAAAAUUAUGGACAAAAUGCAAUACGAUCCGCGCGAGGAAAUCGAAAUUUUAUUGAGGUACAGUCAGCACCCGCACAUCGUGACGCUGCGCGGCGUUUACGAGGAGGGCGGGCGGAUCCUCGCCGUGACGGAGCUCUGCCGCGGCGGGGAGCUGCUCGAGCACAUCACGCGGCGCGGCCACCUGCCCGAGCACGAGGCGGCGCCGCUGCUGAGGAACGUGCUGCAGGCCGUGCACUACCUGCACCGGCACACGGUCGUGCACAGGGACAUAAAGCCCUCGAACAUAUUGUUCGCGACGGCCGAGAGGAGGCCCGAGGAUAUCCGGCUGGUGGACUUCGGGCUGGCGAAGCAGCUGCGCGCCGAGAACGGCCUCCUGAUGACUCCGUGCUACACCGCCAACUUCGUGGCCCCGGAGUCAAAGAAAAAUCGAUCGCGCUACACCGCCAACUUCGCGGCCUCGAAGGUGCUCAAGCGGGCGGGCUACGACGCCGCCUGCGAUAUAUGGAGUCUCGGCGUACUAGCUUACAUAAUGCUGUCCGGUCGAACGCCAUUCGCUUCCACGGGUGAUGAUACACCAGAAUCAAUUUUGGCGAGAAUUGAGUCCGGAAAGGUGGAGCUGACGGAGGGCGCGUGGCGCGGCGUGUCUGCGGAGGCGCGCGCCUGCGUCCGCCGCAUGCUGACGCUGGAGCCGGCGAUGCGGCCGCGCGCCGCCGACCUACUGCGCGAGCCGUGGCUCUGCGCCCCCGCCCCCGCCCCCGCGCCCGCGCCGGCCCCCGCGCCCCACCACCCCGCGCCGCCCAUCGCCGACCUGCGCCGCGCCGUCGACCUCACCCUCCAGGCAAUGACCUCAGCCCCUCUCACUCCGCAAGUGCUGGGUCCAGUAUCACAAUCGACUCUUGCCCAACGUCGCAUUAAACCACAACGCCGUUUCCCGCCUACCCAGCUG